AUGGAGCGGCUAUUAGCAGAACAAGAAGACGUUCUCUAUCAGAUUGCGAGGACGGUCGACAACUUCAAGAAGUUGGGGCAAGGCAAUUUUACUACAUCCGUCACGCGGAACCGGAUGUCCAUUUUGGAGAAGCAGUGGACUCAGUGCCAAAAGCUACAUGCGGACCUCAAGGCGGCAGUCAAGCCAGCGGAGCGAGAUGAAUGGCCGUAUUUCAGUGAGGAGCAAUUUCGGAAGGCGACAGAGGACUACUACGAAGCGUCUGACUAUCUGAGCGAAGUAUUAGAGAGGUUGACGAGACCUACCGCUCAUGUAACCGCAAGUAGUACUUUAGAUUUAAGCUCGGGUCCGCCAAGCUCAAUCCCGUUGCCGCGAAUAGAGCUUCCUAAGUUUUCCGGUCAGUAUACGGAGUGGGUCAAUUUUUGGGAUAUUUUUGAGUCGAUUGUGAUAAAAAAUGAAGGCCUCACAAACGUGCAGCGUCUGCAUUAUUUAAAGUCGAGUCUGACUGGCGAGGCUCGCAUUGUUAUUAAAAAUAUUUCCGUUACCGACGCGAAUUAUGAGCUAGCAUGGGGAGCCGUGAAAGAACGGUACGAAAAUACCCGCGCGAUUGUUUCUUCUUAUCUGAAUACUAUCCUAGAAGCUACUCCGAUGAAGGCUGAUUCCGUCUCCGAAUUGAAACGCGUGCAUGAUAGUAUUAAUGAUGCGGUCCUUGCGUUACGUAGUCUCGAGAGAAAUUGCGUCGAUGAUUUCGUGGUUGCCAUCCUGUCCAGGAAACUUGAUGUGAAUACCCGCACUCAGUGGGAAGUCAGCUUGGGCAAUAAACGAGAGCCAGCUUCCUUUAACGAACUGAGCACAUUUCUUGUUGGCAGAAUGCUGGCUCUGAAUGCAGCGGGAGAUACUCGCAGUUCAAAUAAUAGUAAAACAAAUCGCUCAGCAGCCACCAAGUCGUUGACGGCUGCCAUCUCUAAUGUUAAAUGUUUAUACUGUGCGGGCUCGCACCUUUUGUUUCAAUGCGCUCAGUUUAAAUCCUUAUCCACGGAGCAGAGAAAGAAUGUUGCGCGGCAGCACCGUUGCUGCUAUAAUUGUUUGACCAAAGGCCAUUAUCCGCGCGACUGUAAAUCGCGGGGCCGCUGUGCACGUUGCCAACGCAAACAUCAUACGUUUCUGCAUGACGACGAUAUCAGCGGGGGACAAACGACAAUGGGUGCUCCUGCUAUAGCGAGCACAUCCAGUGUAAACACAGUAAAUGACGCCCCCUCUAAAUCAAGUCUUUCAGCAAGGGUAACAACUCCUUCACAUUCCCUCCUGGUCAAAGGUACUGUACUACUCGCAACUGUACGAAUCUCUGUACGUACUGAUGGAGCUCGUUGUAUAAACCUUCGAGGCAUAAUUGAUACGGGCGCUGAGGCUACAUUUAUCACUGAAAGGGCUGUUCAAGCCUUAAAAGCAAAGCGUAUUAAAGUAUAUUACACUAUCACUGGCAUGGGUGAUCUACAGGCUGGGGUCGUUACUCAUGCAGUUAAGCUCCAUUUAAGUGCGGGUAUACAGUCGAGUACUACAGUUACAGUGAUCGCGUUUAUCUUCCCUGUACUUACUUCUUAUGCUCCAAGAAGUCCUGUUGAUUUACUUGCGCAUCCUCAUUUGCAGAAUUUAAAAUUUGCGGAUUCUGAUCCAUUCAGUGAUGACCCUAUCGAUUUACUGAUAGGACUUGACUAUUAUAAGGCCGUAACAAUGGAUGGAUCCCGCCGAGGACCGAGCUCUGAUCUCAUGGCGAAACCUACUAUCUUUGGCUGGGUUGUCUUCGGCCCGUGCAACGACACUUCUGAAGGAAACCCUCAGUCGGUGUCCUCGUUACGCUGCUCUAUUUCUCCUGGAACGGAUGCGCUUAUGAGGCAGUUUUGGGAGAUAGAGGAAGUCUCGGUUUCUAAUCCCCUCACUGAAGAGGAAGUCGAGUGCGAAAGGCACUUCGCAUCUACACAUUCUCGUUUGCCAAGCGGACGCUAUCAGGUACGCUUACCUUUUCGGACCUAUUACUUGAAUAAGGUCGGUCGCUCCUUUCACGUCGCUUCUGGUGCCUUUGAUAGGUUAGAGCGACGUCUAGCUCGCGAUAGUGCAUUGUCUGCCAGCUAUCGUGGCUUUCUUUCUGAGUAUGAGCAAAUGGGUCACAUGACCCGUGUAAACCCGAACGAGGUCAUUAAUAAUAAUUCGUUAUAUCUGCCUCACCAUCCAGUGGUGAAGGCGAGUAGCAGUACUUCCCCUGUACGGGUUGUAUUCAACGCCUCGAGUCCCAUGGACAACGGGUAUUCAUUAAAUGAUCUGUUGCUUACUGGACCUAAGUUGCAGUCAGAUCUUUGCUCUAUCAUUAUGCGCUGGCGAACUCAUCGCUUCGUUUUCGUCGCUGACGUCGCAAAGAUGUUUAGACAAAUUAUGAUUCAUCCGUUAGAUACUGACUUUCAGAGGAUAUUGUGGCGUCCUAGUUCAAGCCAGCCGAUCCAUCAUUACCGUUUAAUCACCGUCACGUACGGUACCGCCUCGGCGCCUUAUUUAUCCAUGUGCGUCCUGCGACAAUUAUGCGAGGACGAGGGAUCUGCAUUCCCGCUGGCUGUGUCUAUACUCAAUAAUUCCAUCUAUGUAGAUGACGUGUUGUUUGGGGCAGACAGUGUGUCCGCCAUACAAUCCACACGUCAGCAGUUGAAUGCCUUGUUAUUGAAAGGAGGUUUUCACCUUCUGUCGGAUCGACUGGAGGACAAUAGUGUCGAAUUUGACGAGGACUCCUCCUUCAAGGAACAAAUUCCGGAGUUUCCGGUGAUCUCGAAACGUACCGUGCUAUCCGCCAUUUCGCGAUUCUUUGAUCCACUGGGUUGGAUUGCCCCUGUGGUAAUCACCGCUAAAAUUUUCAUGCAGGAACUAUGGCUGCGUAAGGUCGAUUGGGAUAGCCCGCUCUCGAGUGAUCUAGAGGAACGAUGGACUGAGUAUUCUCACAGUCUGACAGAUCUCAAAGAGAUUUCGAUCCCAAGGUGGACGAAUCAAAGCAACUCCGAUCUGAGUAUCGAGUUGCAUGGAUUUGCGGAUGCUUCAACACGGGCCUAUGCGGCCGUUGUAUACAUUCGCAUUAUUCACACUCAAAGCAGCUUUGGAGUAACCCUCUUAGCCUGUAAAUCUAAGGUCGCUCCUAUUAAAACAAUUAGCGUUCCCAGGUUCCCAGGGUAUCAGAAAUCCAGACAAGCUUACCGCAAGCUCAGUGGCUAUUUGUCGGGUCUAAAGAAAAUCCCGCAGACUGUGCGCGGCAUCAGCGUUCAGGAGUUGAAGUUGCACUCGUUGUGGUGGAGUGGGCCUCAAUGGCUGCAGUCACCCUCGACUGUGUGGUCGGAACAUCCCUCCUCCCUUCGAUCGGACGGAAACAUGGAACGACGUAGCGUUCCAGUUUAUUUAGCUCAGCGGGGCGCGGCAGGGUGGGAUCUUUCCGAGCAAGUUUCCAGUUGGCCUAAGUUGUUGCGGAUCACGGCCUAUUGCCUAUUGUUCGUUCAUAAGGUUCGACAGCGCCUUAGAAGGGCGGAUAGUGAUCAAUUAGGUACAUUAUAUGUGUUGAGUGACGCUAUCAGACAGGCUCGUAGUUUUUGGAUUGCGUACGUACAAAAGAUUAACUUUUCGAAUGAGAUCCAGGCAAUAAAACGUGGUGAGGGCCCGUCUAAAUCUAGUCCCUUGAAAAAUCUAAACCCGUUUUUGGACACGAAGGAUAACCUUCGUGUCGGGGGACGUCUCUGCCGGGCGUCCCUCUCUUACGAUGAGAGACAUCCCAUCAUACUACCGAGGCAUCGCAUAUCGGAGCUGAUUGUUGCGCAGGCACACGAUCGAACGCUUCACGGUGGGACACAGUUGACGUUAGGAGUUUUACGCCAACAGUACUGGAUUCUAAAUGCUAGAAACCUUGUAAAACAUCACAUUCACAGGUGUGUUGUUUGUGUCCGCCACAGAGCUAUUCCGAUAUUGCAGCAAAUGGGUGAUCUGCCGGACGUUCGAAUAAACCCUUCUCGUCCGUUUCAACAUACCGGCGUAGACUAUGCCGGUCCUUUUCAUGUCCUUCCGAUAGUAGGACGUGGCCAGCGGACACACAAGGCUUAUGUGGUUGUGUUCGUUUGUUUGGCCACUACUUGGAACUGGCCAAUGAUUAUACCAGCGAUGGGUUUUUGGCCGCAUUUAGAAGAUUCACCUCUCGGUGCCGAAAAGGAAUUGCGCAAUGCGUUCAGAGCUCUGUCGCGUGAUCCUGAUCUCGUCGCGUAUUUAGCCUCCGACGGCAUCACUUGGAGAUUUAUACCGCCCUCCGCCCCACAUUUUGGAGGAAUGUGGGAAGCGGGCGUAAAGUCCGUUAAGCACCAUUUACGGCGUGUAAUUGGUGCUCACACGCUUUCAAAUGAGGAGUUCACUACAUUACUAACUCAAGUGGAGUCAUGUCUAAAUUCUAGACUUAUAGCUCCCUUGUCCGAUGAUCCCUCCGAUCUCUCACCUUUGACUCCUGCCCAUUUCUUAAUAGGUACCUCGCUGAUUGCGACGCCUGAGGAGUCCGUAUUGGAUUUGAGGGAAACGCGACUCAAUCGUUGGCAGCGUGUACAGCGGAUGCACGAGCAGUUUUGGCGGAUAUGGCCGCGAGAUUAUCUCCACACGUUACAGCAGCGCUAUAAGUGGCGUCAGAAAUCGACUAGUUUGAAAGUCGAUGAUCUAGUAUCAGUUCAAAACCCGUUGCUACCGCCGACGAAAUGGGAGCUUGGGAGAGUAGUAAAAAUCUAUCCUGACCCUCAAGGUCUCGUUAGGGUAGUGGAUGUAAGGACGCUUUCGAACACAAGAAGGCGUGCCGUAAACCGGCUAUUUCAUUGCGUCGUUAUUAAUUUGUAUUAUUGUUUAGCUUUAUCAACUAAUAUUACUACACUAAGUUCUAUUAGGCGUGAUGCUUGGUCUCCCGGGUACAUCAUCGUUUCGUACUAUCAGUACGAGGCGAGCGGCAUGUUUGGGAACAGCGUAAUACGCGAAAGCGUGUCACCCGCUACAUGCGAGCGAUCGAUAUCGAUCCUUUAUCACGCGAGGGCACCACCUUACGACGGUGUCCUGCGCAAGCCCCCUCUGGGCGUCCUGGAGCGCUCGAGCGGAAGCAGGCGUUUUUGCCUCUCAGAUAGAGAUUCACAAGACUCCUAA